CCUUUGCUUCUGCUCCAAAAAUAAAAAUAAGAUGGCGGAAGCAACACCCAAGAAACCUCCUGAUUGGAAACAUAUAACUGAACCUAUUCAUGACGCUGAAUCCUUGAAACAAGAAUCAAUCAAUGCCAACCAUGACCAUCUUAUAACUGAAAUUGAAACUUCUGAUGGCCCUUUAGGGACGACGUUGAGGGCUGUUUAUGAAGGAAAAGAAUUAAGUAAAUUCAGAAUUCGACUUGAUGACAAAAUCAGAAACCAUGAUCGUGAAAUUGAGCGCAUGUGUAAUUUUCACUACCAAGGUUUUAUUGACUCUAUCAGAGAAUUAUUAACUGUACGACAAGAUGCUGCAAAGUUGAAGGAUGAAGUUCAGCAGGUAGACCAACAUCUCCAAGAAUCAUGUGUUCCACUGAUGACAAAAGGAGAAGAACUGGUGAAAUGUAGGAGAAUACAAGGCAAUAUUGCCACUGCUGUGGAGAGUCUUAAUUUGUGUCUGCCAGUUCUUGAAAUGUACCGUAAACUACAAGAACAGAUGACUAGUCGAAGGUUUUAUCCUGCAUUGAAAACAUUAGAACAAUUAGAGCAUACAUACUUACCAAGAGUUAACUCCCAUUGGUUUGCUCAGACAAUGGCAGAUGAUAUUCCUAAACAGAGAGAAAGUAUCAAAGAAGCUUCUAUGUCCGAUCUGAAAGAUUUCCUAGAAAAUAUUAGAAAGCAUUCUGGAAAAAUUGGAGAAGUAGCAAUGUUGCAUGCAGCUGAACAAAAUAAUAUGGAUCCUGCAAUUGUAAAAGCUACUCGCAAGAAAGUGAAAAAGAGAAGAGCCCCUCCCCCACCAAACCCCUUCACAGGGGAAGUAGAUGCCCCACCCCCUCCAGUCAUCCAGGACGAAGAGGAUGAAAUAGAAGAUAGUGCAGAAUUAAGUGCCCAAGAUCUGAUAGAUUUCUCUCCUGUGUAUAGGUGUUUACAUAUAUACAGUGUAUUGGGAGAUCGAGAAAGAUUUGAAACAUAUUAUAGAAAACAGAGAUGGAAACAAGCUAGACUGUCAUUACAACCUCCGUCAAAUAUGGUCAUGUCAAUAAAAAUUGAUACUUCAGAUCAGCAGCAAACAGAACAUGAGUCUUUAGAUAGUUUUAAAAGAUAUUUUCAUGAUAUUGUUGGUUUUUUCGUUGUCGAAGAUCAUAUUUUAAAUACAACACAAGGACUUGUUAACCGGGCAUACAUUGAUGAACUGUGGGAAAUGGCAGUAUCAAAACUAGCAGCAUCCCUACGAACAAAUACAGUACAAUGUAAAGAUACCAGUAUGCUGUUGGAUGUCAAGAACUUGAUUAUCUUGUUUUGCCACACUUUAAGGGGGUAUGGUUUUAGUGUUGGUCAUGUGCUGGAGCUGCUCCUUGAAAUGAGGGACCAGUAUAAUGAUGUUCUGACACGACAGUGGGUAGACAUUUUUAAUGAAAUCUUCAGUGAAGAUAACUAUACGCCUAUCUAUGUUGAAAGCAUAGAGGAAUAUACAGCAAUAGUCACACAGUUUCCGAUCCAGGAUGAAAACUUGGAAAGGUUCAUCAAAAUGGAGGAAUCUUUUCCAAAGAGAUUUCCUUUCUCUCAAUUUGUCCCUGAUGUUUACAAUCAAGUCAAAGCAUACAUCAAUGCAUGUUUAAAAUACUCAGCAGAUCUGCAUUUAAGUCACACAGAAAUAGAUGAUAUGAUAAGAAAAUCAACCAAUUUGCUGUUGACUCGAACACUUGGAAGUUGUUUGUCUUCUCUUAUAAAAAAACCUAGUCUUACAUUGUUACAGUUAAUACAGAUUUCAAUAAACAUGAACUACUUAGAAAAAUCAUGUUUAUAUUUAGAAGAAUAUAUUUCCAGUAUAACUGGUGCUCAAAAUGACAGUGUUCAUAUGGCCAGAUUACAUGGUACAACUAUGUUUAAGGAUGCAAAAAGUGAUGCAGAGGAACAUAUAUACAAACAGCUGAAUUUGAAAAUAGAUGAAUUUUUGGAUCUUGCAAGCUAUGAUUGGUUGUUACCAGAAGCCAAAGGUCAUGCCUGUGGCUAUGUCAUAGAUUUAGUGGCAUUCCUACAAAGUACCUUUAUGUCUUUCACAAACUUACCUGAUAUAUAUUUACAUCUAUUGGAAAAGGUAGCCAAAACUGCCUGUAUGUCAGCUUGUAAACACAUAGCUAACAGUCUCAAAGAAUUCCUGUUGGACAACGAAACACGACAACUGACAAUGGGAUCACUUCAACAGUUUAACCUAGAUCUUAUACAAUGUGAACAUUUUGCAGCAUCAGAACCUAUUCCUGGGGCAAAUGAUGGCAAUCUGCUGCUUGCCUUUGCUGGCAUUAGACAGUUACUUGAUUUGUUCCUGAAUUGGGAUUGGUCUUUGUAUCUAGCAGAUUAUGGACAAACAAACUCUAAAUAUGUCAGAGUACAACCACAAGUGGCAUUAAGUUUAUUAGAAAAAUUACACAAUGCUGAUAAAAAGAAGAACACCAUUUUUGGAUCCCUCAAUAAAAAAGAAAGAGACAAGAAAAAAUUAUUGGACACUGUAUUGAAACAGCUAAGAGGUUUGGUGAAUGGAUCAACUCAACAAAUACAAGGGUGACAUUUCCUUGCCAAGUAGACAAGUGAACAAAAUAAUGACAGAUUUGCCAUGUAUAAAACCAAUGGAUGGCAGAAUGGAGUUAGCCAAAUUCUCUCCUAGAAAAAAAAGAUUUAAUCUUGUCAGGUUAUUUAUGACAUGGGAGAUAACUCCACAACUGGAGUUUCAGUGGAAUCACUGCCUCUCAUGCUAUUUUGCAGACCUGUGAUCAGAUUUUAUGAUAACAUUGUAUUUUGAUGAUCCCACAAUUUCCUAUACUAUCUGUGAUCAUUUCCAUGGUAUUUUAUAAUAGUAUUUGUUAAGUUUGACUUUAAUUUACUUUGUUGACCAGUAUGUUAUUGCUUAGCAAUUUUAGGAGUAUUUUCCAAUUUUGCAAUUCCAACUUUUUCACAUUUUUGUUCUCAAAAUAUCUGUUAUCAAUUGGUAAAUAAUGUUGAGGAUUUUUGUGGAAGCAUUGCCUGUGGUUUGGGACAAAGGCAUCUGUCAUUUAUGAUUAAGAUGAGUUAGUGAAGAGAAAUAUACUGUAAAUUCAGAAAUUAUUGCGUGCAUUUAUUAUUGCCAUUUUGUAAUUUUAGACUUAAAUGCAAUUUGAAUUUUUAUGAUUUUGAGAAAAAAUUCUGUUUAAUUCAUAUAAAAUAUUUCAAAAUGUGAGUUCAGAUUAUUGCGUUUUCAACUCUCGCAUUUUUCGCAAUAAUAAAAACCUCGCAUUAAUUUCUGAAUUUACAGUACCUUAUUCUUCUACAUUUAUAAUGAAAUGACACGUUUCUCAAAAAAAAAAAUCUGAAGGAAAAAACAUUCUAUGAAAAAUGUAUUUCUAUAUUUAAUAUAUUAUUUAGAUAUAGCAGCACUGUGCUAGUCUGAUUAUUGUUUAAAAAGGUGUCUUGAUCUGAAACCAUUAAACACCAUCUCAUUCACAAGUGGCAUACUCUACUGCCAAAUAAAACUAGUUCAGGGAUAGUCAAUCUGUAUGAAAGUAUAACUCUAUAUAUCCACAUUGAAUAUAUUAAGCACAAAGAUAAUAACAUUGUAAAGUGUCUGGUUAACAUUUCCAAGGCUUUUUGGCUAUGAAUACAAGUAAAUUAGUAAUUCAAAUCAGACAUCUUUAAAGUCGUACAAAGAAAGCAUAGUAUAAGUAUAUGGAAUUCAAUUAUUUUUGCUUAAUGCUACAUUGUGUAGUGCCAUUAAAAAGAAGUUUAAAAGAUAAGUUUUGUGUUGGAUUGGUAUUUUAAUCAGCUUGUUUUCAUCAAUAUCUAGAUCUGUAAAAGUCAUAUCAUUUUACAUGUUUCAAUAGUUUUUGAUCAUAUCAAUCAAUCAUUUGUUAAAAAUAUAAUUAAUAUUUUUAAAUGGCCAUAUAUGUUUCAUUUACUUGUAUUUAUCUGUCAGACUGUAAUUAAAAGAUAUGCUGGAACAUUUUUUGAAAUAAUUAUGAUUUAAUUACAAAUUAUCUUGCUUUUUUAAAUGUAUUUCACAAAUAAAUUACUUCUUCAGUGAUAGGAAAUUAAUAUAUUUUAUAUGUUGAGAAUUAUUUUCAGCAAAUAUGGUUUCUGCAUUUGUAUUAAAUAUUCCAAAUGGAGCUUACACCAAAUAUAUUUGGUAAAAUGGCAUAAAUUUAUUAUUUUGUUUUCAGAAUUUUCCUUGUUAAAUGAUAACAGUUACAUUCCCCUACUGUAAUAUUGCAAUUUCUAGACUUUUAACUUUACAAGGAAGAAAGAAUUUUUCACCUUCUUUCCAUGUCCUUAUUUAAAUUUGGACACACCAAAUCAAUGGAUAUUGUCCUUUGACAAGAAAGCCAUUUUUUUUUGUGCACAUGUACUAGUAAAUACAAAUAAAAAAUAUAGAUUUUCAUGUUUUGCAAAUUUGUGCUAUUUUGGGGUUGUCCUACAAAAGCGAGAAGAAAAGUUUUAUUGAAAAAGCUAAAUUAAAAGUUAAAUACAUAUCACUAUAUUGUAAAACCUUGACUGAUACUUUUAAAACCAUAAAGAUUGGAUGUUGUGAAAUAUUAAUAUAUGUAGGAAUACAAAAUUCAUUUAAAUAUUUUGAUUGUUAUGGUCACGAAAUCUCAUGUUAGAUGUUUAAUUUAAAACUAUGAUGAGUGACAUCUUUGCUGAGUUUUCAUUAUUAUUUAUGAAGUACUGUAAAUUCAGAAAUUAUUGGGAGGUUUUAAUUAUUGCGAAUAAUACGACAGACUUGUAAAUGCAAUAAUUAAAACUCGCAUUGUGUAAUAUUUUAUCUGAAUUAAGCAGGAUUUUUCAAAAAAUCGUAAAAAUUAAAAAAUAACAAAAUCGCAAUAAUAAAUGCUCGCAAUAAUUUCUGAAUUUACAGUACUUGGGUUUCAUGUGUUAAGGUGAACCAAAAUUUCAGAGUUAACAAAAUACAAGUUUAUUAGAGACAUGGUAGUAUGCAGAACUCAUUACAAUCAAAUUUCUAUGAAAAUAUAUUUUUUUCUUUUAUCUAUAAAUAUUUUUAUGAACAAAAAUAGGAGGAUCUAGAGCAGGUUUACCUAGCAGCUUCCUCUAAAAUUCACUCAUGAACAAUCUAUGAAGUUCAGACUUGUUAUUGCAUAGUCAGCAACUUUUUAAUUUAGCAAAAUUAUUUAGGUAUGAAACCUAGACAUUCAAAAUUGUAUCUAUCUAAAUAUUAUGCAAGACUUUCAUAAAUUUAGUAUGUAAAACAUGUCAAAAAAAGAUAAUCACACUUUUUGAAUAUGGCUUUGUGCUUAUUAAAUAUGGCUUUGUGGUAAGAUUAAGUACAAUGACCUAUUUUGGGGUCCUUCCCUAUACAUAGCUCUGCGACAUCCAUCAUUUUAGUACAGAUUCCUUAAUCGUUGAUGAUUUAUGAAGUGUUUUGGAACACCCAUCACAGCAAGUUUAGGGAUUCAUUUUGACAGAUUUGAAUUUACAUACAAUGUAGAUAUAUAUCAAAACUACUGAGAUUUUGAUUGGCCACUUCAACCAUGAAAUUGAAAUGUACGAGGAAUCCACAGGUACAAUGGACUGUCAAUUAAAUUUAUAUUAGUCACAAAUUAAAGCACCAUUGACCCAAAGAUAUGAAAAUCUGUAUCAAUAAAAGCUAGACAAAUUAUUAAAAAUACCUCCCAGCAUUUCAUGUUUUAUGUUUAAAUUAUUAAUUUCUGUUUAAAGAACAUGCUACUAAUGAAUUCUUUUUGUUAAAUGUUUUAUUGAAAGAGACAGGUAUUUUUAAAAAUAUACAACAUUUAGGAAUGAUUAACAGUUUGCUCAAUUAAAUAUCAAGAAUUUUAAAAUGAAAUUAUAAAAGUAAACUAAAGAAUCUUUUAUCUAGGAAUGGAAAAUAUGCCAAGAAAGUUUUGAUACAUAAAAAGUGCAUUUGUAGAUGAAAUAAAAUAAAACAAUUAAUUUUAGAUUGAUGAAUUGAAGUUAUGUUUGAUGUAUUGCUUUUUUCUGAUUUUGUUUUUACAAUUGAUAGUUAAAUAAUAAGCUGUCGCAGAUAAUGACCAAUAAUAUUGAACCUGUAUGACCUAUGUUGAAAGGUUUCAAAGUACUUAAGGAUUAAUGGAUGCAAUAGAUUUUUGUUGUGGUUUAAAUGUCAAUUUAGGUGCCAUAUCGAUUCCUAACAAUAUAUAAACAUUGGACAUCAUGCUUGCAACUAUUUAAAUAUUAAAAUCACACCUUAUGAAUAUUAAUGUGGAUUAUUUUGACACUUUGUGGAAUGUAAGAUGUUUUAUUGAAAAGGAUGAAUUCAAGAUAAUAUAGAAAAAAAAUAAGACCUGCAAGUCAAAAUAAAUGGCCCAAAGUACACUGACCCUUACAUUAAUAUGUAAAAUGUUCAGGUCAUGUGAUGGUGUUUGCAUUUGCAAACAUGAGUGUCCUGCUUUCGAACAUUUAGUUGGGGAGACUCAUUUUGCUGGUAAUAUUUGAAUGGGGGGGAGAGUUGCACCUAUUUAUCAUAUUGAUUUCAGAGACGGAGGUAAUACAGGCGCGGAUCCAGAAGGGCGGGGGUCCGGGUUGGAACCCCCCCUUUUUUUUUGGACGAUCAAUGCAUUUGAAUGGGGACAUUUAGUAGGAACCCCCCUUUUUAAAAUGCCUGGAUCCGCCCCUGUAAUAUGUACAGUAGAAACAAUAAGCUAAAAAGAGAAGGAGGAAAUUUGAAGAAAAGAUACAAAUAGACAGCAUCCCCCCUCAUAAGACAUUUUGAUAUAGGAGAGACACUUGGUGAUGAAAAUGGCAUUAGGUUUUAUUUUUUUCUAGAAUUCAAAGAAUGGACAUAUACGGUAACACAUCUUUGUUAUAAAUAAACUGAUAUUAUCAAAAGCUUUAGCUAUCUAUUUUGGGCAUUUUAGUAUUAUGCUAGUGUAGUAUUUUUCAGUAAGUAUUUGCAUUAUAUAUCUAUCUCACUUUAUUUCAUAUAUGUCAGUAAAUAUGUGCUCUAUAGUAUUGCUAUGCAAAUAUUUGUUUUCUUUAUUGUUAUUGCAUACAGAUAAGUGCUUUAGAUUGAAAUACAGAAGAAUUGUAGUUUUUUGUCACAAAUAGACAUACUUUUUGUUAAGGGCUAUUUUAAAAAAAUAUAAUAGUAGGGGGAGACACUUUGUUUUUUAUGGCCACCAUCUGUACAAUUGCAUUUUACUUUGAAAACAUAACAACUCAAUUUGAACUUCAUGACCUUCCCCAACCCAUUCAAAAAUAAUCAAAGUGCCUUUCAACCCCCCCAUUUUUUUUCUGGAAUAGCCUUAAACAAAAAUUUGAGAUUAUAGUGCUAUUGACUGUAGUUCAUAUAGUUCUACAGUAUUAUAGACUUUCAUGUUAUGAACAAAUAAGUCCUUCCUUGAGUAAUUCUGUGAUAAUGUGGCCUACAUUUUAAAAUUCCAAGAAAUGACCGUGAAAAGAAGGAUCAUUCUAACAUUCAAAUUUGAAAUCAUCUGUUUUAUGAUAAUAGAAAUAGAUAGAGAUUAAAACUUUCUGGUAUUUAUCAUUCUAGACGGAAGUUGGCUUCAAAGAGAAAUAUUUGAGGCAUCAUAAAUGAACAGUCUGCUUUUGUUUGAACAUUCACAAGGGGACACCUGUAGGUAUUUUAAAUAAAUUAAAGUGUUUUUUCUACUCUUUUGAGGUUUAUAAUCAAUAUUCAGGUGGCCUUCAACUUAGCUAUAAUAUGAUCAUUGUACUACACUCGGUUUAUAUGUAUGUGGAAGGAUUUAUUUUCCUCUUCUGUUAAUGAACAAUUUAUCAACUUCCUAUCUUAUAGUAAAUAACUUUGCAUUUAAAAACAAAUAGAUUUUUAAACUAAUUUUGUGAUAUCUUUUGCUUCUGUUCUGUCUGUCUUGUUAGAAUGAUUCAUACUUUAAUUGCUACCAGAAUUUUCUUUUCAAUCUUUGUUUCCAAAUUGAUUUGCAUUAAGUACAUGGGCUGAUAAUUAGAUUGUCUUGUUGCGAUUUGAUUUUUUUUUCACUCAUUUUUGUUUUUAUUGCCUCCUACUCAUUAUAAUUCAUUUUAAUCACAGUUUAUUUUUCUCUUAGAAAAAAGAAUGAGGCAAAUUGAAAAGACAACAAAGAUUGAUCUAUUUGCAUUAAGUACAUUUGCUAAUAAUUUUAUCUUGUAUUGUUGCCAUUUGAUUUUUUUGUGUGUGUAGCCUCCCACUCACUAUUAUUCAUUUAAAUCAAAGUUUAUUUUCUGUAUGAAAGAAAAAAAAGACGAAACAAAUUUAAAAGACAAGAAAGGUUGAUAUAACGGUUAGAAGAAAUAUUUUCUGAAACGAAAAAAAGAACGAAACAAAUUUAAAAGACAAAAAAGAUUGAAACAGAAAGCAUGUAUUCAAUUAAAGUUUCCUUAUAUCAACAGAUGCUUCCUGGGAAAAGUAAAUUCUCAUCUGUCAAGAUGUUGACACAACCUUUUCUUUGUAUGUUUAUCUAACAUUAUUUAUUGGUGCACUAUUGUUUGUGUUAACUAUGUAAAUUGUAUAACUUGUUCAUAAUUGUAACAUAUUGUUGAUUGCUUUUAAUUUGUGUAAGCUUCCAUUAUGAAAGCUGUAUUUGAAAGUGCAAUAUCAAAUAAAGACCCAAUAAAAAUACAUAAAGACACUUUG